UCGGUUACCUGGGUCAGUUUCAGAAAUCAAUACGGACUGGUGGGAUGGCGUCGCCGGUAAAGACAGGCUUUUAUAGACUGGAGGUACAAAAGACAACCUGGGACGUCCCGGAAAGAUACACUACGCUGAAAGCUGUGGGUUCAGGAGCAUACGGGACUGUAUGCUCGGCUAUUGACCAGAAAACGAAGGAAAAGGUGGCCAUAAAGAAGCUCUACCGUCCAUUCCAAUCUUUGAUCCACGCCAAACGCGCUUACCGCGAGCUGCGGCUACUGCGAUACAUCCAGCACGACAAUGUGAUCUGUCUCCUGAAUGUCUUCACUCCCGACUCCUCGCUGGAGAAUUUCCAGACUUUCUACAUGGUGAUGCCUUUUGUGGCUCAGGACCUGAGUCACAUUAUGAAGAGGAGGAGACUGACCGAUCGCAUCAUCACCUAUCUCUUUUACCAGAUACUGAGAGGACUGAAGUAUAUUCACUCAGCUGGGAUCAUCCACAGGGACCUAAAACCUGGUAAUCUUGCAGUGAACGAGAACUGUGAACUAAAGAUCCUGGACUUUGGUCUGGCUCGGCAGACGGAGAGUGAGAUGACUGGGUACGUCGUCACUCGCUGGUACAGAGCCCCGGAGGUCAUCUUCAACUGGAUGCACUACAGUCAGACAGUGGAUGUGUGGUCUGCUGCCUGCAUUCUGGCUGAGAUGAUCACAGGCCAAGUCCUCUUCCCUGGCAGCGACAGUAUUGACCAGCUGAAGAAAAUCCUCAGUCUGACAGGAACACCUCACUCCUCCCUUGUGCAGAAAAUGCAGAGCAAAGACGCCCGAUCUUACGUGCAGUCCCUCCCACCUCAGAGGAAGAAGAACUUCAAAGACGUCUUCUCAUCCAUGGAUGGAAAUGCGGUGCAGCUACUGGAGAGCAUGCUGAUUCUUGACCCAGAGAAGAGGAUGACGGCCAAGGAAGGCCUCGCUCACCCCUACCUGUCCGAGUUCCACGAACCCGAGGCAGAGCCGGACUCUCCGCCAUACGACGAUUCCUUUGAGAGCCUAGAGCUUGCAGUGGGAGAGUGGAAGAGUCUUAUACACAUGGAGAUCAUGACCUUUGACCCAGAUAACCCCAGAGAAACUGCAACAUAGUGUGCUACAGAUCAGGUUCUGAUUAAAAUUAAACACGCAUAACACCACAGACUGCACUCAAAAUGUCACAUAUACUCAGCGAUGAGUAUGGAGAGCGGCUGACUGAUUGUGAGUGAGAUUAAGGAGGCUUCAUGUAAGAAUAGGUGUUUAACUAUUAUCGGAUUUCUCUUUUUGGCUUUUAUAACAUGUUUCUAACAUUUUUUUACAGUGUGGCUUGUAUAAGGUUGCAUGUUGAACUCUUACACAUUACACACAUUUUGCAGAUAUUGUGUCAUACUGACCAAUGAGACAAAGGGCACUGCCCAAUAUAUACUUAUUAUUUUGGAUCCAUGUUACCAGACCCUUAACAUCUUUAAUAAUAUUAUGAAUAUUUUUGGUUUCUUGUUCCCUCUUUGAUGUUGUCUUUUUUUGAUCAAAUCAAUGUACUGUUUUCAACAAUUAAACCCGCUGAAACUCA